AUGGAGCGGGCGGCAGGCGAGGGCCGGCCCCUGCUGCCGGCGGCGGGACACUCCGCCGAGCCCUCCUCGGCCGGGCUCUCCUCCGCCGGCGCCGUCUUCAUCCUGCUCAAGUCUGCGCUGGGCGCGGGGCUGCUGAGCUUCCCCUGGGCCUUCGGCAGGGCCGGCGGGGCCGUUCCCGCCCUCCUGGUGGAGCUGGGCUCGCUGGUGUUCCUGGUGAGCGGGCUGGCCGUGCUGGGCUAUGCCGCGGCCCUCAGUGCCCAGCCCACCUACCAGGGCGUGGUGCGGGCCGUGUGCGGCGCGGCCGUGGGGAAGCUCUGUGAGGUCUGCUUCCUCCUCAACCUCUUCAUGAUCGCCGUGGCCCUCCUCAGGGUGGUGGGCGACCAGCUGGAGAAACUGUGUGACUCCGUGUACCCCAACGGGACACUGAGUGGGGUCUCUCAGCUGCCCCCCUGGUACGUGGACCAGCGCUUCACCCUCUCAGCUCUCUGUGUCCUCGUCAUCUUCCCACUCUCUGUCCCCAGGGAGAUCAGCUUCCAGAAGUACUCCAGCAUCCUGGGCACGCUGGCUGCAUGCUACCUCACUCUGGUCGUCAUCCUGAAAUACUACUUGCAAGCAGAGAGUCUGCGUUUGACUGAGUCGGCUCAGCCCUCCAGGUCCUCGUCCUGGACCUCCAUCUUCAGUGUCAUUCCCACCAUCUGCUUUGGCUUUCAGUGCCACGAGGCAUGUGUGGCCAUCUACAGCAGCAUGCGCAACCAGAGCUUCUCCCACUGGGUCACCGUCUCUGUGCUCUCCAUGCUCAUUUGCCUGCUCAUCUACUCCCUCACUGGGCUCUAUGGCUACCUGACCUUCGGCGAGGCCGUGGCGUCCGAUGUCCUGAUGUCCUACCCAGGGAAUGACCCGAUUGUCAUUGUCGCUCGCCUGCUCUUUGGUGUCUCCAUUGUCACCAUUUACCCCAUUGUGGUGCUGCUGGGCAGGUCCGUGGUGAAGGACAUGUGGGCAGCCCCGAAGCGCAGGGCUGUGGCGGUGUCUGAGGCACACGAGCGGCGGAGCCGGGUGGCACUGACGGUCUCCUGGAUGGCUGCCACGCUGGGCAUCGCCCUCUUUGUGCCCGACAUCGGCAAAGUCAUCGAGCUCAUCGGGGGCAUCAGCGCCUUCUUCAUCUUCAUCUUCCCAGGGCUGUGCCUCGUGUGUAUGACUGGGACCCGCAGCCUCGGGCCACGCAAAAGGGCUGCUCUCAUCGCUUGGGGGGUUCUCUCUGUGCUCUGCGGUGCCUUUGUCUGCGGGCAGAGCGCUGCCCUGGCUGUGCUGGGGCUGCUGCGCUGAGGGACCACAGAGCCCCAUCGUGACCCCACUGCGCCCUCCUGGCGUCCUGCCCU